GAACGUCAUGUCGUUUGUUACUUGCCGAUUGCUAUUCGUCGUUCACCACAAAACGACGACACCGCUCUACUAACAGCGUCGGCUUCACAAUUCAGGCAGUUGCUUCACGAAGUUUCUCCGGGGAGCCAUCAAAGGCCGUUAUCCGAUUUUCCGGCGUCAUUUUCUGGCAGUCACGCCGCCGCAACUGAGCUGACAGCUUCACUAUUGUCGUUUGAAGCAAAUAUCGAGCGACUGAAAAUUGAGCUGUAGCAACCGAUUAUCAAAUGUUGGGGGACGCAACGAAUUGGGACGAAGCUGCCUACAGAGAGAGUAUAUAUAAAGAAAGAGAGAUUCAAACUCGUACUGUGUUCAGAACUGCAUGGGCGCCUUCUUUAAAUGGCUGCCCUGAGACCAUUGUGGCUGCAUCCAGUGAUGGAUCCGUUGCCUCUUACUCUAUCGCUUCUUGCAUCUCUAAGCUCCAAUUUGGUUAUGGAAAUACUAAAAGUUUGUUAGCAGCAGAGCCUAAUUGCUUCCUUCAAGGGCACGAUGGGCCCACGUAUGAUGUCAAAUUUUACGAUAAUGGUGACAAUACUCUAUUACUGAGCUGUGGGGAUGAUGGUCACAUUCGAGGAUGGAGGUGGAGAGAUUGUACAGAUAUAAAAGUGCCCAUUUCUUUGCAAGGUAGUCAUAUUGAGCCUGUAAUGGACCUGAUCAAUCCUCAAUUCAAAGGUCCUUGGGGUGCUCUUUCUCCAAUCCCUGAAAAUAAUGCAAUUGCUACUGAUGCCCAGAGUGGAUCCAUUUUCUCUGCUGCUGGAGAUUCUUGUGCGUAUUGUUGGGAUUUGGAGAGCGGUAAAGUUAAGAUGGUGUUUAAGGGGCACUCUGACUACUUGCACUGUAUUGUUGCGCGAAACACUGUCAAUCAAAUCAUAACUGGUUCAGAAGAUGGUACAGCACGAAUAUGGGAUUGCAAGAGUGGAAAGUGCAUUCAACUAAUUGACCCUGCUAAGGAUAAGAAGUUGAAAGGGCAUUUCUCAUUUGUUAGAUGCAUUGCUCUUGAUGCAAGUGAAAGCUGGUUGGCCUGUGCUGAUGGUCGGAGUAUAUCUGUUUGGAACCUUCCGUCUUCUGAAUUCAUUUCAAAAACUUUGACCCGUUCUUCAUUGCAGGAUAUGGUUUUUUGUGAUAAUCAAAUAUUAGGUGUUGGAGCAGAGCCAUUUCUAACUCGAUUCGACAUAAAUGGAUCCGUGCUUUCACAAAUACAAUGCGCCCCUCAGUCAGCUUUUUCUGUCGCAUUGCAUCCAUCUGGCGUCGCAGCAGUUGGAGGGUACGGUGGUCUCGUCGAUGUUAUCUCGCAGUUUGGAAGUCACUUAUGCACAUUCUGCUGUCAAUACAGAUAAAAAAGAGAUUUACAUUGCUUUACUGCAGCAGUUGAGGAUGUUGUUGGAAAUUGGAAAGUGCUGUAUUUUGCCUCUCAAUCCAGAAACUUUCUUCUUGUGGUAUGUAGAUUGAACAUAAUUAACCUCUUUAGUCUUUUUUUAUAUUACAUUAGUUUGUCAGUAUUGAUAUUCCUAGAAUAUAAUAUAAUAUAUAUAUAUAUAUAUAUGAACACUUCCACACUUCCAUUUCCAACAGAA